AUGGAGGUCAAUAAUGUAAUAUACAACACCAUGGAGGUCAAUAAUGUAAUAUACAACACCAUGGAGGUCAAUAAUGUAAUAUACAACACCAUGGAGGUCAAUAAUGUAAUAUACAACACCUUGGAGGUCAAUAAUGUAAUAUACAACACCCUGGAGGUCAAUAAUGUAAUAUACAACACCCUGGAGGUCAAUAAUGUAAUAUACAACACCUUGGAGGUCAAUAAUGUAAUAUGCAACACCCUGGAGGUCAAUAAUGUAUUAUACAACACCUUGGAGGUCAAUAAUGUAAUAUACAACACCUUGGAGGUCAAUAAUGUAUUAUACAACACCUUGGAGGUCAAUAAUGUAAUAUACAACACCUUGGAGGUCAAUAAUGUAAUAUGCAACACCUUGGAGGUCAAUAAUGUAAUAUACAACACCUUGGAGGUCAAUAAUGUAAUAUACAACACCUUGGAGGUCAAUAAUGUAUUAUACAACACCUUGGAGGUCAAUAAUGUAAUAUACAACACCUUGGAGGUCAAUAAUGUAUUAUACAACACCUUGGAGGUCAAUAAUGUAAUAUACAACACCUUGGAGGUCAAUAAUGUAAUAUACAACACCAUGGAGGUCAAUAAUGUAUUAUACAACACCUUGGAGGUCAAUAAUGUAUUAUACAACACCUUGGAGGUCAAUAAUGUAUUAUACAACACCUUGGAGGUCAAUAAUGUAAUAUACAACACCUUGGAGGUCAAUAAUGUAAUAUACAACACCUUGGAGGUCAAUAAUGUAAUAUACAACACCAUGGAGGUCAAUAAUGUAUUAUACAACACCUUGGAGGUCAAUAAUGUAUUAUACAACACCCUGGAGGUCAAUAAUGUAAUAUACAACACCCUGGAGGUCAAUAAUGUAAUAUACAACACCUUGGAGGUCAAUAAUGUAAUAUGCAACACCCUGGAGGUCAAUAAUGUAUUAUACAACACCUUGGAGGUCAAUAAUGUAAUAUACAACACCUUGGAGGUCAAUAAUGUAUUAUACAACACCUUGGAGGUCAAUAAUGUAAUAUACAACACCUUGGAGGUCAAUAAUGUAAUAUGCAACACCUUGGAGGUCAAUAAUGUAAUAUACAACACCUUGGAGGUCAAUAAUGUAAUAUACAACACCUUGGAGGUCAAUAAUGUAUUAUACAACACCUUGGAGGUCAAUAAUGUAAUAUACAACACCUUGGAGGUCAAUAAUGUAUUAUACAACACCUUGGAGGUCAAUAAUGUAAUAUACAACACCUUGGAGGUCAAUAAUGUAAUAUACAACACCAUGGAGGUCAAUAAUGUAUUAUACAACACCUUGGAGGUCAAUAAUGUAUUAUACAACACCUUGGAGGUCAAUAAUGUAAUAUACAACACCUUGGAGGUCAAUAAUGUAAUAUACAACACCUUGGAGGUCAAUAAUGUAAUAUACAACACCUUGGAGGUCAAUAAUGUAAUAUACAACACCUUGGAGGUCAAUAAUGUAAUAUACAACACCUUGGAGGUCAAUAAUGUAAUAUACAACACCUUGGAGGUCAAUAAUGUAAUAUACAACACCAUGGAGGUCAAUAAUGUAUUAUACAACACCUUGGAGGUCAAUAAUGUAUUAUACAACACCUUGGAGGUCAAUAAUGUAAUAUACAACACCUUGGAGGUCAAUAAUGUAAUAUACAACACCUUGGAGGUCAAUAAUGUAAUAUACAACACCUUGGAGGUCAAUAAUGUAAUAUACAACACCUUGGAGGUCAAUAAUGUAAUAUACAACACCUUGGAGGUCAAUAAUGUAAUAUACAACACCUUGGAGGUCAAUAAUGUAAUAUACAACACCUUGGAGGUCAAUAAUGUAAUAUACAACACCAUGGAGGUCAAUAAUGUAUUAUACAACACCUUGGAGGUCAAUAAUGCGUUAUACAACACCAUGGAGGUCAAUAAUGUAAUAUACAACACCAUGGAGGUCAAUAAUGUAUUAUACAACACCUUGGAGGUCAAUAAUGUAUUAUACAACACCUUGGAGGUCAAUAAUGUAUUAUACAACACCCUGGAGGUCAAUAAUGUAUUAUACAACACCUUGGAGGUCAAUAAUGUAUUAUACAACACCCUGGAGGUCAAUAAUGUAUUAUACAACACCUUGGAGGUCAAUAACGUAUUAUACAACACCCUGGAGGUCAAUAAUGUAUUAUACAACACCCUGGAGGUCAAUAAUGUAUUAUACAACACCUUGUCGCACUGGUAA